CCAUUAUUUUAGUCCCAUCCUUAGUUGAAAUUUUGUGAGCAUCAAUUUGCAACAAAAAAAAAAAAAAAAUAAAACGUCAGAACGUCUAGUUUGGUCAGAUCAUCUGUACAAACUUUUGCAAGUGCAAAAUGAGUUCCGCCGGCAUCGCAGAAGCUCCUGUUUUAAACAAUUUGCCUGGACGAAGCCAAACGAUAUGUCGAUAUUAUUUACGAGGCAUUUGUCGAUUCGGUGACCUUUGUCGCUUCUCUCAUGACUUAACUCGAGGGCGACCCGAAGGUGAGCAGCGUGCCCGCAACACAAAUUCGAACACCGAUGCCGAUGCAGAUGUGGAUGCUGAUGCUGAUGCUGAUGUAUUUCCUAGCACCAGUCGACGCAAUUGGGUAAAUGCGCCGAUCUUUGUGCCCGGCCAGAAAAGCUUUAUAGCCCAAUGCCUCAAGGACAAUCAUCACGAUGAAGACGAAGCUGCGGCAGCGGCUACGGGUACUAGCAGUGCCAUUGUGCAAAGUGGAAUCUCAUAUGCGGAGAUUGUCGGUGGUCCUUCCACGAACGAUUUUGAUGUUGGUAUUAAGCAUGCUGAGCCGCACUCUUUGGAGGAGGUUUGUCCCUAUGAGAGCCCAUGCCCCCAUGGCGAGUAUUGUCCCUAUCGCAUACAUAUGGAACUAUGCGAGAUGUGCGAUCAAUAUUGCCUACAUCCCACGGACCAAGCUCAACGCAAGAAGCACAAUCGAGAAUGCUUGCAGCAGCACGAACAGGCAAUGGAGUUAUCCUUUGCGAUUGCCCAGUCCAAGGAUAAGACCUGCGGCAUCUGCUUCGAUACGAUCAUGGAAAAGGCUGGUCGAGAGAAACGAUUUGGCAUAUUGCCCAACUGUAAUCAUAUCUUUUGCUUGGAAUGCAUCCGAACAUGGCGGCAGGCUAAACAGUUUGAACAUAAAAUUACGCGAGCUUGCCCUGAAUGUCGCGUAUGUUCUGACUUUGUUUGCCCCAGCGCUUAUUGGGUUGAAACUAAAGAGGAAAAGGAUAAGCUGCUUAAUGAUUAUCGCGCAGCGCUCGGUGCAAAGGAUUGCAAAUAUUUCAAGAAAGGCGAGGGCAAAUGUCCUUUUGGCAACAAGUGUUUCUAUAAGCACGCUCUUGCCAAUGGUGAUAUUGUUGAUGUUGGUUUGCCAAAACGAGCUCGAAAAUUGCAUAGCCAAAAUCAACUAAUGGAUUUACUUGAUAUUUAUCUCUGGGAAUUUGUCGAUCGGCGCGAUUAUCAUUGGCUGGAACUGCUUUCAAGUGAUAUUAGCGAAAGCUCUGACUUCACGGAUGAAGAAUAAGAAUAAGCUUUUCUCGCGUGAAGAACAAUAAAUAAUAAUAUAUUAGCGGAGCAACUAUAAGUAAUAUAUGCAUAACUACAAGUUAGAUAACAAGAGAAGCAAAAGUAACAUAACCAUACAA